UCAUGGUCACAUAAUAAGAGUAUAUUUUCGUCGAACUAGGAACAAAACAUCAAAUUUUUCCAACAAAAUUAGUUUCUCAGGCCAAAUGUUAAAAUUAGCUGUUCAUCAUUACGUUGGAGUAUCCUGUAAUGUGGGAACAGAGUGUCUGGAACUAUGUACAGAAUGAAACGUUUGCAGUGGUAGAGUGGGCGAAAUGUGGGGAGAGCUCGUUAUCGGUGGUGCCCACGCUGCUGUGGGCGGUGGGCGCGGCGGCGGUGACGCACAGGCUGCUCUCCGCGCUCUUCCGCCGGUUCCUCUUCAGGAGGGUACCACUUUGGGAGCUCGUGCUGCAGCACCUGUUGUUUCUGUGGAUGGUCAUAUACAGCCUUCACUUCUGGGUGCUGAUGGUCCGCAUCAUUAAGGUCCUUGUGGACUAUUGCUAUGAGGACUUACAGGACAAGACAUUAUACGUGGAAGACUUUGAGAGUCGCAAGGUGAUGCAGCAGUGGGUGAUCUGGAUGUGCGGCGUGGCGCCCCUGGCCUUCUACAUCCACACGCGGCCGCGGCCGGAGCACCCGCCCUUGAUGAUAUGGAUAACAACUAGUCCUUGGCAACGGCGGGAGAUGGGUCCGUACGGGUACUACCUGAACCGGCCACUGUCGUCGCUACAGUCCACCACCAACGCCAGCAGCCGCCAGCAAGUCAUGGCUGCUCGCCGCGCCUUCUCUGACUCCAAGAUCAUCAUCAAGGAACCCGCUAAGAAGAAACGACACUCCAAGUCCGUCUGA